CUGUCAACAAUCUGGUGUACCUCCUUCCUGUUCCAUGUUUGAGAAUGAAUCAGAUCCGUGUCUAGAAUCUGUUUAGAAUCGCGGCUAAAACUGACGAGCCGUGACGUCACAUCAAAACAAGUGAAUGACCACAAAUAACACCUUACCGCGGGCCACUGCAUUUCGCAUUCUGUACCUGCGCAACCCCUCCAACGUCCACAAUGAACGCCUGAAUAUCCCUGCACCUUCCAGUCAUCCCCGCUAUCCACCUGCAGCCCCUAUCUAACCACUGCCAUCAUGUCAUCGAGGUCGACAGAUGUACCAAAACGAAGACCUGUUCCUAAACAACCUGCCGUCAAGCGAAAGGCUGGUGUUUCUGGUAGCCUGCAUCUCACCUUCCUGGCGGUCACAGCAGUUGUCGCCCUAGUAUUCAGAUGGCCUUUCCGUUGGAUAUUAUCGGGCGCUCCUCAAUUAAUCUACGCCCUUCUUCUGGGUGAAGCCAAAGGCAACCGUGUCUUACCCUUCGUUCCUAUAUGGACUAUCUUCGCCACAGUCAAUUUCAUGUACGCAGUGUGCUCGACAUCAUGGCUGCUCUUUUGGGUCUUCUGGGCUGCAUGCUGGCCUACCUUUACCAUAGCCUGCCUGUUCAUGUUCGAUGCUCCUGCAGGUCUUGCAAGACGCCUCUCACGCAAAACAUUCCUUCGAGACUUGCACUUCAUCAACGACCAGAUCGCAUUCUUCGACCUUCCAGCUUUGGAGAUUGACACAGAAGUUAAGGGCCUAUUCGUCAUCCGUGGUGUCACGCUGUCACUCUCGACUAUGACGCUGGUCGCACAUGGCAUUGAGGUUGGCAUCAAGCUCUCGGAUGAGAUUGAACUCGGUAUCCAGGUCGACAAGGUGACUGUACCUCUCUUCAGAGAGAUCCAUGUGGAUGAUGUGUAUGCCAACAUCAAGGGGGGAGAGUGGGAGGUGAUGUUUGGAGAUGUUCCUUACGGAAAGCCUGAAGAGGAGGAUAGCGAUGACUCAAUGAUUGUCGCCGACACUGCCCUCCUAAAAGCUGCUGCUGCGGCGCGCCCUGCGGAGAUGGUUAGCACCAUGACCGCAGAUGCUCCACCCACGGACUCUGAAGACACCAAAUCAGCCUUCUCUUCUGUCAAGAGGUUGUCUCCAGACGAAGAGAAAGCGAACACCAAGUAUCGACAAUACAUCAGCCACAUCGAAGACACAAGCUCGAUCCAAAUAGCGAAGAAGCAAUUGAUCGAGAAGUCACGCAGAGAGGAGAACACCCUGGAUCCCGAUAAAAUCGACGAUCUCCGAGCAGCUAUUUGCGCGCAGAUCCAUAACGGCCCUUCGAUCCCACACCCCCCUUCCAAAUCCAUCAGGGUCUCAACACUUAGCAAGACAUCGUAUCCGAACGUCAAGAGGUGGCUGCAUCGCUUCCCGUUUCUGUACCGAGUCAUGCUAUUUCCCAUUUGCUACUUCCAUACUGUCAAGUUCAAUUCAGUGUCAGCUGCGGGUUCCGGCAAGUGGUUUGUAGCACUGAUGCAAAAGUAUCUGUUCAAGCACUACUCUUCGCAGGACGGCGAGAUCCGCAGGCUAGAAGCCCGUAUCUCAUCUUUCUUCGCAGAAGCAAACUUCUGUGUUGAGCUGACCAAGAUCGUAAGUAGCGCUUCGUUCCCAAUCAACACAAACUAUGAUAUCAAGUGCCAAUUCGAUAUGGCCGACGUCAUGGCAUACCGUUCGCUACCAGAUGCUGUGGAUCUAAAGCGGGUCGUUGAGCUCGGAGGCCUGGACGCCAUCCUCAACGUUCCCAUCUUUCUGUUCCCGCACCACGAACACAUCUUUCCCGAGAUGCCAACCGAUCUCAAGAAGAUGGAGCUCGAAACCGCGAUUCAAGAAGCAGAGAACACAGCAAAGGUGAUGCAAGCACAGAAGACGCUCAAACAAAUGAAGAAAGACGAAGCGAACAUGCACAUCAGCGCACACGCCCACCUCCCAAUGGUCAUCAGCCAAGAGAUGCUUAACUUCAUCGCAGCAAUCGUCAAAGCAACCAAAGUCAUCGAAAGCGACAAGGACUUCGAAGACGCAAAGGUCCUGCGCGAGCUCAAGCGUGUCAGCACUAACGCUUCUGACAGCGAGUCCGUGACCAGCAUGAACAGCGUCGCCUCGGACGCUACAGUCAGCGAGGACAAGAGCUUCAAGGCUUUCUUGCGCAAAGUGGACACUGGGUUUAAAGAUGCGUCUCAAAAGACUGCAGCAGGCAUGCGCAAAGCUGGUGUCAGUACGGUAUCAGCUAUGGCUAACGAUCGCUGGAUUGCGAGACUGGUUGGCAAGGUUACGAGGAAGUUGGAGAAGGCGCAGGGAGAGGUUGGGUACUCUGGUGAUGUGCCGAUUGCGUUGGCGCCGUAUCGUGCCCGGCAUGAGGACGAUGCGAAGAUCUUGCCGUGAGGUAGAUGUGAGUCGGACGGCCGGGAGUGCAUGAUACCCUGGGGUUGGUCUUGUGUAGCAUUAGCAGCAUCCAUAAUGACGAGGUAAUGAUCU